AUGCUUUCUCGGUUCACGACUGCUCGUCUAUGCCAUGGCUGCCGAUCGGAUCUACAAGUCCUGUUUGAACGGGGAUUCUGUACUACCAGACCCGUCCUAAAGUCACAUCUGCUUCGUCCUCAGUGGCGCAACCGAAGGAUCAACCUUCCGCAACCCUCCCGGCCUUACUAUGCGACCGCCACUAGAUUGCAGCAGGAUCCCAACGCUGAAAGCGCACCUUGUAAUCCGACAGUGGCAGAUGCUGAGCCAUCCAAAAAUGCCUACACUCGAUUAGAAAAGCUUGCGGGGCUGGAAAGAAAACUCGACGAGCUACACAGGAGACUCUAUGAUUCAGUUCAAGAAGCAGUGGAUGAAAUACAACCACCUGAUGUCGCGGAUGUCAAACAGCCCAUCAACCCCCGAAAUGUCCGCGAUUUAUUAGUCGUGCGAGCACAACACCUGGUGGCAAGUCUGCGCAAUUCAGGAGCGCCGCACGAACAGAUCGCGCGAGAGGCGAGACAGAUCUUCGGUGAGACAUUGCCUGAAGACAUUUUGAGUGACAACGAAUACAAAAUAUAUACCAGACUCUACGGAGAGCCGAUACCCGAAGAAGAAUUCUUUGAUGGAGAGGGAGAGGAACUUCUGGAGCCUGGUACCACGACCCUUCUUGAUCAGGACGGCGAACUUGUCGAGUACGUUGGCAGAGAAGACGAGGUCGUCGAUUCCGAAGAUGUCGAGAAUGACAUUGAGGAAAUCGAAGAAGACAACGGCACGAAUAACAACAUUGUUCUCUCUUCGGAUGGGCCUCUGCCUCCCACGCUGUUAGUUUCGAACUCGCAAAGACUGGAGGUGAUUGCACAAACAGUAAAUGGCCAAAUUGUGGAGGAACAGGAAUUGCUGGAGGAGGUAGAAGACGACGAAGAUGCUUCUUCCAGAACCCACCCUUUCACUACUGUAGGAAAGUUCGCCAAUGAUCCUGGCAACGUCCAACUCCCAAUGGAUCGAUUUGUUCGGCCUGUGGAAAGUAUCAUGAGUGGUUUCUCCAACAAGCACCUCAAGGAGAUCAGUGAGAAAACCUUCGGUGGUCCAGGUCUUCCAGACUCGGCACUGACCCCUAGAAGUGGCCGCACGCGAGAACAAGUUCCCAUUCCUCUCUCAGCGGCUGAUCAUAACAUGGGCGAGAUGGAGGCAAACUCUUUCAUUGCCACUCUAAUGCCUCCUACAUAUGCCGCCAUCACCUCCGUCUUGGUGGAGACGCGCAAGCGUCUUGGCAUAACCUGGCUGAACAAUCUUUUGGCAAAAGAAGGUGGCCCUCGCGUCCUUGACGCCGGUUCUGGGGGGGCAGGUAUUCUUGCAUGGAGAGAAAUUGUCCAGGCCCAUUGGAAUGCCCUUCACACCUCUGAUCUGACCCCACCCGCGCCUCCUCGGACGAAAUCAGUUGUCCUUACAGGAUCACAUACUUUGAGGCACCGGUCUGCCGAGCUACUAGAAAACACCACAUUCAUCCCCAGACUUCCCGAUUACGUCCACAUCCGUGACGCCCCAACGCUUGAGGAUGACCGCCCUGCUUCUCAGAGAAAGCAGUUUGAUAUCGUCAUUGCUUCGCACUCUCUAUUUGGACUCUCCCAGGAAUUCGAACGAAAGGAACAUGUUCAAAAUUUGUGGUCAAUGUUGAGCUCUGAUGGUGGCAUCUUGAUCAUCAUCGAAAAGGGUAUCCCCCGCGGCUUUGAGGCGGUUGCUGCUGCUCGUGAACUACUGUUGGAAGAAUGCAUUGCAGUUCCUGAAGGUAUGAAUACACAUUAUAGCAAUCCAACAGAUGGAAACAAUCUUGCAAGUCGAAAGACUGCUAUGAUUGUUGCCCCUUGCACAAAUCACGAGCAAUGCCCGAUGUAUCUGAUCCCCGGCAAAUCCCAAGGCCGUAAGGACUAUUGCAGUUUUCAGCAGAGAUACACCAGGCCAAAUUACCUCCAACGGGUUAUUGGUGCGACGGAUCGAAAUCAUGAUGAUGUCGAUUUCUCCUAUAUCUCUGUCAUGAAAGGAAAAGAUCUCCGUCAAAAGAUGGUAACUUCUUGGCAGCAUAUUCAGGAUCCUCUUUCUUCUCCUGCUCAGUCUGAUGUACCCGGCAACUCCAGGGAUUAUAAAUCCUUGAUGGAGAGUGUGCACAUCGGAUUUGAUAAUGUUGCACCAGGGACGACAUUAGAAAGCCCCAGUGGUCAAGGUCAAGGUACUCAGCAGGUUUCCACUCUCCCAGGUCCUUGGAACCUACCAAGACUGGUCCUACCAGCCUUGAAGCGCAAACAGCAUGUCAUCAUGGAUGUUUGCACGCCGCAAGGGAAAAUUGAACGGUGGACAGUUCCAAAGUCAUUUGGCAGACAGGCCUAUCAUGACGCUCGGAAAUCCCAAUGGGGUGAUCUCUGGGCACUGGGCGCAAAAACAAGAAUUCUUCGAAAUCUCCGAGUGGGAGAAUCCGACAGUAAGGAAGAGAAGAAAAGGAGACGCCGGUCAAGAGCAAAGGAAAAGGCUGAGGCGCUGCGCGAAGAGGAGGAAGAUAGGAGGACCGAUGAUCUUUCCCAAGCAUGGGACUUUGUGCCCCGUGCUGAACGUCAAGGCCGCGAGAGCCAGGCUAACGCAUCAGCAAAGAGCCAACCUUCGAGGCCUGCCCCGAAACCAGCUGAUGAUGUGCAAACUUUCACCUUCGAUCAUUCCGCUGCGAGAGCAAUCGACCCUACCGUACAGCCGCAACCUGCACCGGUAAAGCCAUCACCUCAUACGAGAUUCGAAAAAUUGACUUUGAGAAAGACAGCGUCGUCAAAUAUUGGGGAGCGUCCAUCUAGGCGCCAAAUCUCCCACGCAGAAGCUGAGGACCAACUUACAGCUGAAGAAGAAGCAGCACUUGCACAAUGGGCUGAAGAGUUUAACUCCGACAUCUUGCCGCGCGGCAUGAAGACCAAAGACAGAACACCACGAGGAAAGUCGAAUAGAUUUGAUGGUCGCAGACCUAAGAGAGAGAGCUUCCUCGGUCGUCCAUGA